AUGAAACCAUCCAAAGAUUCCGACAAAGAGCAAAGCAUGGAGGAAAUACUCAAUCGGCUUGAUUAUGGACACAAACGCGUUGAAGAUAAAGCAGUUGAUAAUGAAGGAACAACUAAUUCAUUUCAAGUGAAACAACUGCUUAAAAUUGAAAUUGAUCCUUUUGCCAAAAACUAUCUCGGGAUAUCUUUUUAUGGUGAACUGAAUAUCAAUAGUCCAUAUGCUAGAAAUAGUCCAUAUGCUAGCAAUAGUCCAAGUAGUAGUACUACAUCAGCUGAGAGUUCUAUCAAUUUAGCAAAUGAUAUCAAUGAAACAAGUGAAUUUUCAACUACUUCAAUUGAGAAUAAUGAAGUGGAAAGAUUAAAUCCAUCUCAUGAAAGAUUUAAAGUUGUUGAUGAUAGAUACGUCAAAAUCAAUCCAAAUGAAAAAGAAAAUUGUUUGACUUGUAAUAGGAUUGAAUACAGUAAAGAAUAUAAAGGAACAAUUAUUAACAAGGAGAUUAUCAAAUUCAAUCAUGUUUAUGGAGAUCAGUCCAAGAUCGAUCCUCGUCUUAGUUGUUCUCAAACAAGAACUAAAUAUAUAAGAUUCAUUGCCGAGCUUUAUUGUUCAAUCACAAACAUUACAUAUGCUGCCAAUGCAGAAUUUAAUGAUUUACAUCCAUAUGAACCACAAUACGUUAGGUAUGAAGUCAAGGAAGAUAGAAGUUUGAAUCGUGGAACUACAUCUGGGUUAUGUCCAUAUUGUGAAGAAAUCAAAUUCUUACCAUUUAAGAAUUCAAGUUAUUUAUCACAUUUAUCUUUAGAACAUGGUAUAUUUGCUACUGGAUAUUUAGUUCCCGAACCUCAAGUUAUUGAUGAAGAUGGAAAAUUUUCAGCUAGUUCAGGAGUCACUUCAGAGGCAAAAAAUCAAGUUCUUUGUCCUGUUUGUGGUUACAUUGUUUUAACUAAUUGUUGGAGAAGUAAAGAAAAUCCAUUUCUUAUUUAUUAUCAUCACUUCAAUGAAGUACAUAGUAUAAAAACUCACGAUAUUACACAAGAAGUAAAUCAACAAGCUCCUCUUUGGAAUAGGGGAAGAGAUAUUAAACCUUUUCUGGGUACCGCUUUCUAUGAGUAUACUAAAAGUGCUGCGAGAAGAAGUCUCGAUUCUGAUCCUAAUCAUGAGUGUGAUAACUUUCCCACUAGCUAA